AUGUCCAUCACAACUUGCCAAAAGGUCACCCUGAUCUCGUGCUCCGUGCUCUGUGUGUCUCUGUUUCUUCCCCGGAUGCUGCUGCCCAGAGCCAAGGAGGACACUUUUCAGAAGGAGGUUGGGCCUGGCUUCUACCCUCCCAUGAUGCACCGGGCCCCUCUGUCCCAGGACCCAGAGCAGUGGGGGGUGGACCCGGUGCAUGCUCUCACUCACCACACAGAGACUGUGGCUAAGGUGAGGGGCAUCGGCCGAAAGACCAGCCUGAUGACUCAAGUCAUUCCCAUCUAUGGUUUUGGGAUCCUCCUCUACAUCAUCUACAUCAUCUACAAACUAACAUGUAAAGCAAAGCCACCAAAACAUGAUGACUACAUAACUACAUACAAAGCACAAAUGGACUACACACAGUUAAAUGAGUAUGAGCUCGCCAAGCUCCAGCGGAGACUGCUGCAGACGGAACAGAUGAUGGAGAUGAUUGUUUCUGGGAAGAGCAGAGGAGCUGGAAGUGGUCGAAGUAGGAAAAGUAAACAGUCAAAGAGAGAGGAGAAACUAUUGCGACACUUGCGACAGAUCACUGAACUGAUGCAGGAGGGACGACUAGAGGGGGCAUCACCUGAGGUGGAGGCUGAGGAGGUUCCCUAUUUUGCUGGAUGGGAAGGUUACCCAGAGGAAACAUACCCAGAGUAUGAAGAUGAGCCCUGUAACAGAAAGAGAUGCAAACUAGUGCCUCUAGUGGUGACUUUGAGUCAGCCCACAGCAGAGGCCCUCGCUGAGAGGAUGGAGCAGGAGGAGGAAGACAUAGGUCCGAGGAAACUAGAAGUACUGCACGAGGAGGAUGAAGAGGAUGAGGAGGAUGAAGAGGAGGAAAUAGAGGAGGAAGGAGACGAAGAAAGUGAAAAUAUAACCAAGAAAGAAGAAGAGGAAGAUGAAGAAGUAGUAGAUGAUCUAGAAGAGGAGGAAGAGGAGGAGGAAGAUGCGAGUAGGUGUCUCCUUAGUCCUCCUUCCCCGAUGCUAGCCUCUGAGAAGAAAGAGUUUCUGGGAUUGGAGCUGAGUACAGAGCUGCGCAGCCACAGCCCAGGAAAAAAAAUCACCUUUAGCGAUCACCGUGAUGUGUACCGCUAUCCACGAGAAGAUUCUUGUGAAGAAGACAGAGGAGGACAAGAGCAAGAGGAAGAGGAGGAAGAGGGGAAAGAGGAGGAUGAGGAAGAAGAGGAAGAAGAAAGUGAGACUGAAGAGGUGGUCACUGGGGUGAGAGAGGAGCCUGGAGAAGUAGAUGAGGAGGACCCAGUGAUGGAGGCAGAGAGUCUUCAGUUUAGCUGUGAAGUUGGGUCAAACCCAGAGAGAGAGGCGGAGGAGACAGGGGGCACUCUCACUGAGGUUGGGGAGGAUUCAGCCCCACCAGAGGGUCCUGUUCCAGAGCAGCAGCCUGAACACUGGGCCGUCAGUGGGCUCCGAAUGAGAAACAGGAGAGAUACAUAG